AUUCACAAUCCAGCCUAGGGUGCUGCUAUUGUGAUGUCAGCGGCUGCAUCCCGGCGUUGUCAAGGCAAAGUUGCUGUGCCGAGGCCCGGAAGGGCUGAGUGUGCAGAGCAGCUCUGUGGCACGCUCACUGAAGGCGAACCUGCUGAUCGACGAGGUCUCUGCCAGCAGGACUCGGAAUAUUUUUGUUUUUUCCCACAGGCGUUGUCUGGUGCAGACUUGAGCAGCGCUGCUCAAGCCAUGGAGGGAGUAUGUGCUGCAGUUUGCACGGCUUUUUCCGUGGCUUAUUCUGGGUACUUUCUCACCCACCUGGCACGUCACAUCACCCGUGCCUGGAGAAAAUCUGGUCUUUGGAGCCCAACACCAACCUCGGAGGAUCCUCUGGCUGCGUGUCUUCCUGCAGAAGAGGCCAGAGGGGAGGAAGAUGCUCCCCAAACUGCGCCUGCUGCCACUGCAGGGCCUGAGCAUCCAGCAUCAAGCACAAGGGCAGCGUCAGCACCUGCUCUGGCAGCCUCUGUACCUGAGGAAGAGGCUGAAGAGGAUGAAGGUGCCGAUGAACCUGGCCCUGCUGUCAGCCCAUGGCCGGAGCAAACAACACCAAGCUCCACCUCCUCUGUCCUGGCACCUGCACGAGCUGCAGCUGAAGGCUCGGGAGAAGGCUCCAGUGCCCAGGCUGGAAGCUCAAGCACGAGCAGCUCGUGCACCUGGAGCACGACCAGCUCGUCUGGCAGCAGAGAGCAGCAGCGAGAGAGGACAGAGGACAAGUGCCUGGCCAUGCUGAAGAUGCUGGUGAGCGAGGGAGAUCCUGAGGCUAAAUACACAGAAGUGGAAACUAUUGGCAAAGGGGGUUUCGGCACUGUGUGCAUGGCAGUGGAGACUGCCACAGGAGAAGAGGUGGCCAUCAAGAAAAUUAGUCUCCUGCAAGAGAGCAGCAGCAAGCUGUGCCUGAAUGAAAUCCAGGUCAUGCGUGGCAGUAAGAAUGCCAACCUUGUGAACUAUGUAGACAGCUACCUGGUGGACGAGGAACUCUGGCUGGUGAUGGAAUACAUGGACGGAGGUUCUUUACAUGAUGUCAUCAGGGAGACUCGCAUGGCAGAAGGAGAGAUAGCAGCUGUCUCUCGGGAGUGCCUGCAAGGCCUGGAUUUCCUGCACUCCAAGCAAGUGAUCCACCGCGAUAUCAAAAGCCACAACAUUCUCCUGGGCUUGGAUGGAUCAGUCAAGUUGGCUGAUUUUGGCCUUGCUGCUCAGCUGACCACCGAGCAGAACAAACGGAGAUCAGCUGUUGGGACUACUUACUGGAUGGCGCCAGAAAUUUUCACCAGGAAGCCCUACGGCCCCAAAGUGGACAUCUGGUCCUUUGGCAUUGUGGGGAUCGAGAUGGUGGACGGAGCGCCUCCGUACCUGAUGAAAACCUCCCGCACGGUACGCUGCAGCUGCUCUCAGACACUGCUGUCACCCCAACAAAAUCUGCUUCCAUUCUUCUGCCUGGGAAGCUUGCCAACACCUGAAAAUGAUAGGUUCCAGGCUGCACAGUCUCUCGUGCUUCUUGGCCAGAUCAUCCCCUUGCCAUUUUUGUGCAUGAACAGGACCUAAAAAUCAGGAUGCCUUUUGCUUGGCAGAAGCUUUGCCUAAGGGAGCAGUGAGCAGUGCUGAGCUGCAUUUUAUGGAAUAAUCCUUGGAAAUAGAAGAGUUAGAUGAAAGUCAGUCUUCCAUGUCACUUGUAGAGGCUGUGUCAGUGCUCAGAGAAGCAAAGUGUGCUUUAGCUGAUGGAGCUGCUGCUGAUUCCAUCAUCCGGUGAAAUGAGUAGUCAAGGCAAGAACCUUUGCCUACUGGACUGGCUAUGGCUGCCUCUGGCUUUGGGUUGUUUUAGUAGGGCUAGGAAAGGUAUCUGCCACCCUGUGGCAGGGAGUAAAGUGCCACUGCAGAGUGGAGCUUGUCCAAUGGGCUCUGUGUGAGCAGUUUGGGGUGCGAAGGAGACAGGUAGAGUGUGGCAUUUCCUUCUUCUCUAGGUUCAACAGCUGAUAAGCACCGGGGCCCCCCCGAAGCUGCAGAAGCCCAGGCAGCAGUCGGCGUGGCUGCGAGACUUUCUGCACUGCUGCCUGGAGAGGGACGAGGACAGGCGCUGGUCUGCCCAGGAACUUCUGCAGGUAACAGGCAAAGCGGCUGCAGGUCCUGGAUGUGGAGAGAGAGGUGCACAGAAUGCCCUCCUUUCUGUAUCUUUCUGCUAGCCAGAGAAAGCCUGCUUCAGGCUGUGGGGAAAGUAGAAGCUCAUUGCUUCUUUUUCUCUUUGGGCAGCAUCCAUUUGUAACAUCAGCCAAGCCAGCCUCCUCCCUGAUGCCUCUGAUCAUGGCCACGCAGGAGUUCAUGGCCGACAGGAGAUACUAGCCCUGGAGGAGGCCUUUGUUGUUGUUUGUUGUUUGAAGUUUGUAGUUUGUAGUUUAUAGCUCGUAGUUUGUAGUUUGUUAUGAGUGAUAGUCAGAAUAAAUACUGUAAUAAAUAAAUAAACCCUUUGUGUUGGAAGCUUCCUUUUGUUCUCACCCUGUGAAUAAGCUCUAAAUUUGCUUCUGAAUGGUCAGGUGUUUCUGCUAUGUGGGAAGACCCAUGGAUGGGGUUUGUGGCACGGUUUGUUUGUGAGCAAAGAUCUUUUUCCUUCCUCGCCUCCAGGCCACAGCCUCUUGUGGAGAUACAGGCUUGCAGCUGUGACUAGAGGAGCAGAGCAGGGCAGAAUGGAGCAGAGCAGUGGUGUCACUGCUGGGGAUGCUGCUGUGCCUGUGGUUGUGUUGCAGCUCUUGGGAAAGGUUGGGAGUGUCUGUGUUGCUGUGGGCAGAGGGGGAGGGAGCCGGGCUUCUCCACAGGCUCAGGUGCAGGUGAGUGUCCAGUGGGAAGGCAUGUUCUGCCACGGGAACUGAUGCCAACACAAGGGAGUACUACACAUACUUGCCUUGGUGGAGUAAUCUUCAUGCUUUGCUCCGAGGAGCUGGCAUGAAGUCUGAAAAUUUACUGAAUGUGGUAAAAAGAUACAGCUUUGGCGAUUUGAACAAAAAUAGGGUGUUUAUUUAAAGGGGAAAAACAAAAAGGGAGGUAAGGAAAAAGAAGAAAGGAAAGAAAGAAAAAAGGAUAAAGUCCCAGGCCCAAGGAUUGAGGAAACCUCUAGCUGAACUGGCGUCUGGCCCCAAGGCAAGAACCCGAGGGCAUUGCAGUGAAUGCACUUAGUCUGCCCUCAAAUCUGGAAUAAGGUCUCUAAAAAGAGAUAUUGACUGAAAUCUGCAGUGUGGGGUCCCCUGCUGUAGCUAAGUCACAGUCCCAGGAACAGUAAAAGACAGCAAAGACAGCUCUUCAGGCCAGGCUGCCCCUUUGAUGUUCUCGGUCCCCUCAGUCUGUACUUGCAGUCCUGCCCCCAUAGUCUCAGGUGAUUGGUGCUAGUAGAUGAUGGGGUAAGAUCUUCUUUCCCAGAGUGUGCUGUCACUGGGGUGGGAUGAUAU